GAAGACUAUAUGGUAACUUACAUGAAUCAAAAUACUGAUGACGUACACAUACUGAUUCUCUACUGUCACCAUUACAAGCUGGUUUUCUGAAUCGUGCGCUGUUUUUCCUUUUCAAUUGCACUGGAUGUUAGAUCUGUUUCUGUCUAGCCACAAGCUUCUUCUUUGCCUGUGUUUGAACGUAAAGUCCUUUUUGAGUGCGAAUAUUAACACCAGUACGAUCGAAUUUUUUCGAUUGUACAUGGCUUGCUGAGUCAGACGAAUUUCUUAAAUUUUGUGAAAAAUAAUGGCAUCUUACUUUGAUGAGCACGAACUCACAGAUCGGACAAGUAAUCCAGAUUUCUAUCUGGAGCUUGCAAGGUAAGGACGAUCUUCUGGUUAUUGACGAGUCUACCAGAAAAGUUUAACCGAAGUACAAGAAAUGAAAUUAUAGACACUAACAGACAGGCCUAUUUUCCUAUUUAAAUGGCGAUAAGAGUUUUAUAAACAUCUGCGGAUUGCGGGUAGGGAUAAUUGGGAAUGAAAACUAGAGAAGUAUUCUCGACUGAUAAGACUUUUAUUCCCUCAAGAAAUUUUUUCAUUAUAAAGAAUUCCACACAACCCAAUGCAUUAUUACUUGACUUACUUAUGCCAUUGUUUGUGGACCAAAAAGGCAGCAAUGAUGUGUGGGUCAAGUGAUUUGACUCUGACAGGCGUGAAUCUGCGAGUGGUGUAACUGUGACAAGUGUUGUUAUGCGUACCCUCACGAGUGUUGUGACAUUAGCGACUGUCGUGAUUGUGACGAGUGUGGAGACUGGGGAGAGUGAUGUGACUCUGUUGAGUGGUGUAUGACUGUGAUGAGUGAUGUGAAUGAUAAGUGUUGUGACUAACGAUUGCAUGUUGUGACCCUGCCGACUGUUAUGAUUGUGACAGGUGUGGAGACUAAGACGAGUGAUGUGACUAUGACGAGUGUUGUGACUUCGAUAAGUAUUGUGACUGACGAGUGUUGUGACUAUGACUGUUUUUGUGACUUUGAUGAGUGGUGUCACUGUGAUGAGUGGUGUGAUUCUGAUAAGUGUUGUGACUGACGAGUGUUGUGACCCUGGUGACUUUAGUGAUUGUGACAGGUGUGGAGACUAAAACGAGUGAUGUGGCUCUGACUACUUGUAUUGUUGUGACUCUGAUGGGUGGUGUGAAUGUGAUGAGUAUUGUGACUCUGACAAAAGUUGUGACUUUAACAGCAUGUGAUUGCAUGAGUAGUCGAACAGUGAUUAGGGCUUUGCCUAGUUUACUAGAUUACUGCUGGCUUACUCAUUACAAUUCUAGCACAAGUAUGAGUUAAAGGAAAAAUAAUUGUUAUCCCUCUGUGCUUGUGCAUGUAAAAUGCAUGUAAAAUUAUUGUAUAUUACAGUAUACUACAACUCAGACCGGUUUUUAUGUUGCAGAUUGCUUUUAUCGCCCAGUGAUAUGUUAGAAAUUACCAGGUUAGUUGUAAUUUCACUCUAUAUGACUUACAAUUAGCUGUAUUUCACAGACUGAAAGACAGACAGUUUAUUUACACUUUAAGUAUUUACAUAACUACUACUACUACUACUACUAAGUCUGCCACAGCCACAGGCUGUGGUAAGGUCAGAGCUGCUCUGCUACUGCUACUACUGGUACCAUGUAACCCAGUACAACCUGCCGUGCAUAUGGUUGGGUAGUCGGCGACUAAACCGGCUCCCCCAGCAGUUUUUAGGUGGUGAGGAGAGUGGCAUGACACCCUGCGGGAUGAAAAUUAACAAGACCUGUCAAAUGGUGGAUGAGCUCAAACUGAGCCAACAGCCAUUGUGCAAAUCUUGGUGAGGAGUUGCGACCUAUCAAGGUGCACUAUCGCACUGUAUGGCCAAUAUUUAUAUAAAACUGUAUUAAAGAGAGAAAUAAAGGAUAAGAAGUAAACCAAACAGACAAAACAACAAGGCAAUCAGCCACACAAUACACAACAAAAUAGAGGAUUAUAACUCAUGUACUUCAACAUUAACUCAACAGGGCUGCCAGUAAGUUUUGAAGCAGCCAUAGCAACGAAGAUUCACCUGUAACAUCUAAAAAAAAUUUUAUUGUGUCACCUUUAGCUUUCUACUUUGAUCACUCCUAACUUUAAGUGAGCUCAGCCAAAACAGGUGUUAUGGUUUUAAAAUGGCCUUCAAUGACAUCUCUGACCAAUCGAUAAUACUAAUAUUUUUAUUAAAUAAAAAAAGUUUUAAAUGACAAACUUGAUGAUGUACUUAUUACACAUCUCUGUUACUUUACGUUCGUUUUGAAAGUAAAUUCACUAUAAUUAAAGAUCUUUAAGAGAUCCAUCAAUAGAUUAUUAUUAUUAUUAUUAUUAUUAUCAUUAUUAUUAUUACUUAAUACUAUUAUUAUCAUUGAUAAUUUCUAGAAGGGAUAGAGGGAGAGAGAAAGUUGACUUUGAAGCUAAUCAUGAUUGUAUUAUAGACAUGCAUGAUGGCUUUGUACUGGAAACAGUUGAAUUCAAAACUACCACAGAAAGGGAAUUACAAAAUUUAAUACUCUUUAAAAAAAUCAAUAUUUAAUCUUUAAAAGCCUGCACAGUUGUAGCAUGCAUAGCAAGCAUUUUUGUGUGGUUUAGGAGCAAAGAACAAGAGUCAAAGCCUGUGUGAAAAAUGGCCAAGUAAAAGAGCUGGGAGAGGAUUUUUUGUCUCUCAGUUCAUUUCUUGUUCGGCCAAAACCAAAAAUCCCAUUCCUCGGUCUUUCGUCUGGGUCUUUCUUUGCUCUGAAACCAAACAGAAACAGGCUAGCACAGUUGGAUCAAUAAGAAUGUUUUCUUUCUCCAUGUUUUAACCACAGAGCAGCAUUUGAUAUACUUCAAGCUCCACCGGCAUCUAAAGAAGUUAUUGAAUCUCUACCAUCAGUACCUAUAACUUCUGAACAUGUUGGUCAGUGUUGGUAUUAUUAAUAUUUUUAGUUUGUUGCUGCAAUUAUCAGACUCGUACCCAGUCGCUAUUUAUGUGUUUUUGGGGUGAGAGAAGAUUGGGGGUUAGGUUUUCCCAAGAGACCUUGUCCGCCUCAACCUAACCCCCAAUCUUCUCUCACUCCCAAAACACAUAAAUAGCAACUGGGUACGAGUCUGUGCAAUUAUCAUUUUCAUAAUUAUUGUGUUGCGUUAUUUUUUCAUUUUUAAAGCCAUUUUUAAUUUGAAAAAAAGUGAAGCCUUUUCCAAAUAAUAUGGAAGAAUACACUUCACUUCACUCAAGAAUAUUGUUGGAGUCCACCUUUAAAUUCGUCCCCUGAGGUUCCUUGCUAACAGAGGUCUCUCAUAAGAAAAUGAGAAGAAUUAGGAGAGAGACCUUUGCCGACUCUGACACUGGAGUGAUAUAUUGGUAAUGUUGAAAUUAUUGUGCAUACCCUGUUGAGACUGUACACUGCAAAUUUAUAAGCCCACAACCAUGAGCUCUGUGAGUCUACAAAUUUCAGAUUUUGAUCAGGCUAUACUGUAAAAUUAUCCAUUUCUAAGCUAAUUAAGCAGUAAAAAUACAAAGAAAAAACACACAUGUAUUCCUGCAAAGGAAAGCCAUUCUUUGGUUUCUUGAAAGAUUUUGUAUGUCUUAAUUCUGACAGGCAAAACUUCUGACAAAAUAAUUGCUAUUUUGAUCCUUCAAAAAAUGCCAGGACAAUGAGAGGAGUGCUAUACACUAAAUGUGUGUGUCUUUAAAUUUCUAACAAAUAUAUUUAACUGCAUUAUUUUCAGAUAAAGGCUGUUCGUGUCCAAUUUGUCAAGCAGAAUAUGAAGUGAGUGAAUAAAUUGGUUUAUAUAUCCACUUUAAAAUAACAUCACAUUACUUUCUGAUUUUACUAUUAUUGAAUUCUUUAACACCAUCCUUCAUGUUACCUCCUUGUAUCGCUUGUUUUAUGCCAUAAUGAUAUAAUUAAUUAAUUUGUGCUGCACCCAUCUUCCAUGAAGGUGUCGAUUAAUCAAACAAAAUUAUCAAAUCCGUAGAAUUUUUUUUAUCCUUCGGAUACCUAGAGAUAAUAUUAUUAUGCUUCAUGUUAUUACCAUCGAUCAGUAAUGCAGUUGUUGACUAGAUUUGUUUGAAGAACUGCAAUUUUCUACCUAUUAUUUUAUUAGAUUGGAGAUAAUGUCAAGCAACUUCCCUGUGAACAUAUGUUCCACCAAGGCUGCAUUUUACCCUGGUUGUCCAAGGUAAUAAUAACUUUGAGCGACACAUGUCAGAGGCAGCGGAGUGUUUUGAAACGUGGGGGGGACUGUUCUUCCACUCGGCCAUGUGCAUACCCCUACAUAAAUUUUCCAAAAUGCCCUUUGCAUUGUUCGUUGGCGCAAGCAAACCUCUUUGCAACCUUAGUAGUGUAUAGUAUGCCAGUUCUCAAUUUGGGGCAAUGCAUCAGUAGGCAGUUGUUCAGGCAGUCCUGCUUCAUGGUGCUUCUUAGGUAGUUCUUGAGUAGUCUGAGGGCAGAAAAUGUGCUCUCUGAAGUCGCUGAUGUCACUGGUAUUGUCAAAUACAUCUGUAAAAGCAUCUGUAAAAGCUCUGCCUGUCCAAAUUUUUGUUUGAGGGGGCUUUGGAUCCCCCUGCCCCCCUGCUCCACCACCUAUGCAUGGGUACGUGUUACUGCCUUAAGGGUAUUGGUGAAGUUCUUUCUAAGUUGUGUUUUAUUGUCUUGAGAUGGAUAGUCAAUAUCAGUGAACACAAAAGCAGGCCAUAUUCGUGUUUAGUAUGUACUAAAACAGUGGAUAGUGUUUUUCGCGCGCUCUGAUUGGCUACUCAAUCAGUGAAUAUCCUGCACUAUUCACUGAUUCACCUCCAGUUCCUCCGAGCAAGCGACGCCAAACUCGCGUAAGUUGCGAGCAAAAUGCCUUCCCGGUUUGCUGCCGUAAACAAACAAAGAAAUUUCACAACUAAUCAAGCAAGCUGUUUCCGAAAUACACGAAGAAGGUGACGAAGUUCGGAUUGGAAGUUUUAACAGGUAAAGCUUUGUCUUUUUGACACGAAUUUAUCGAUAAAACCGGUGAAGAAGUUUUUUGUUUACAAAUGCAAAUUAAGUUUAAGUCUUGCGUUACUUUGUUUAGUUGGGUUGUUCAUAAAUAAGCUUAAAACUAAAUUUAAUAAUAUUUUUUUAUAGAAUGAUUUUAAAACAAAAAGAAUUUAAAACUCCUUUUGAAGAAAUUUCCCCGCAAGAGCUAAACAAAUGCCUUCAAAAGUUUUAAUUGUCGGCAAGAAAAAGCGACGGCCGCGGCCGCCCGGUCAUUACGCGCCAAAAUUGUAAUCGUUGGCAACAGUAUUUGAGUUAAAAAUCAUCAUUUUUGUGCUCAAUUAUCUCACUGUUUUAGUAUAUACUAAAACAAUUAUUCACCUCAGUGUCGGUGGCUAGUCGUGGAUAUUUACCUCACUGCUUCGCAGUUUGGUAAAUAUCCAGGACUACCCACCUCCAUUUCGGUGAAUAUUGUUAUCUAGCCAUCUUGACCAAAAAACCUUGAUCACUAAAGGAUCUGAUUAUAUUGCAAAGAUAACUUUUUUCGUGCUGGACCAUGGCCAUCUUGCCUGCUUGGGUAGCUAAUCAGAACACAGAAUUUGCUUUAUCUUCCCUGGCCACAGAAUCAGCCAUAAUUUAUAUCUUACAUGUAAUAAAAAGUGUUCUUCCAAAAAGUGAAAUAAAAAAAAUAUAUAUCAGGGGGGUACUCCAGAUUUCAAGUGAUGGGGAUGAUUGAAUGGGGGCAAAAAUCAAAACCAAAAAAAAAAAUCCCUAGGGCUUCCAAAGAAACCCCCAAAAAAUCCCUGGACCAAAAUUUAAGCCCCCAAAAAUCCCUUGCCGAAUUUCCUAGACAUAAAAUUUCCAGAAAACUUUAAAUGAUAUAACAUGAAAAGAGAAACAUAAGUUUUGAAUACCCAAAAAAAUACUUGCCAAAAUUUUCCUACCCCAAAAAAUCCUUGGAUCAUCCCUGUCACUUGAAAUCCAGAUCAUCCCCCCCCCCGGGAUUACAGUGACCAUGACAGUGGAACCAUGAAUGAACCUUGAAUUAAUUAGAGCUAUUGUGAUUAUGUUUUAGACAAACAGCUGCCCUCUUUGCAGACAUGAGCUGCCCACAGAUGAUCCUGAUUACGAGGAGAUGAAAAAUCUGAAGGUA